GUCUCCCAUCACUUUGUCCCUGUCCACAUUUGCCUCUCACUGUUCCAUAGACCAAGAUGCCACCCAAAUCUGAUUGGGAGAAAUACGAAAAGAAGAUUGACGACAAGGACGAUGAGAAGAUAGUCGCACUCGAUGAGGGCGACAUACAAAUCUUGAAAACCUAUGGUCAAGGUCCAUAUGGGCUUACGCUGAAGAAGAUUGAGACCGACAUCAAGGAGAUACAGAAGAGGGUGAAUGAGAAAAUGGGCGUGAAAGAAUCUGAUACUGGGCUUGCUCCUCCAAACCUCUGGGAUAUCGCCGCGGACAGACAGCGCAUGGGCGAGGAACAUCCUUUGCAGGUCGCGCGGUGUACCAAGAUCAUUCGUGCCGAUCCCGAGGUCGUCGAGGCUGCCAAUGCUGAAGCUAUCGGGCCGGGAGACCGUAUACGUGGGGCAGACGAGGUGGACAAGUAUGUCAUCAACAUCAAGCAAAUUGCGAAGUUUGUGGUUGGAUUGGGAGAACGUGUGGCACCCACGGACAUCGAGGAGGGUAUGCGUGUUGGCGUGGACCGGAACAAGUAUCAGAUCAUGAUCCCAUUACCGCCAAAAAUUGACCCAUCCGUCACCAUGAUGCAAGUGGAGGAGAAGCCGGACGUAACCUAUUCCGAUGUUGGAGGAUGCAAGGAACAGAUCGAGAAGUUGCGCGAAGUCGUUGAGACUCCGCUGUUGAAUCCAGAGAAGUUCGUAAAUCUCGGCAUAGACCCGCCAAAAGGUGUUUUGCUUUUCGGCCCACCCGGAACUGGCAAGACCCUUUGUGCACGUGCUGUUGCCAACCGCACCGAUGCUACAUUCAUCCGUGUUAUCGGCUCAGAGCUCGUCCAGAAAUACGUUGGUGAAGGUGCGCGUAUGGUCCGUGAGUUGUUCGAGAUGGCUCGUGGAAAGAAAGCGUGCAUCAUUUUCUUCGAUGAGGUCGACGCAAUCGGUGGCGCGCGGUUCGAUGACGGUGCUGGAGGUGACAAUGAGGUCCAGCGCACGAUGCUUGAGCUCAUUAACCAAUUGGACGGGUUCGAUCCACGUGGUAACAUCAAGGUUCUGAUGGCUACCAAUCGACCUGACACGCUUGACCCUGCCCUUCUUCGACCUGGACGAUUAGACCGUCGUGUCGAGUUCGGGUUGCCGGACAAUGAAGGGCGUGCUCAUAUUCUGAAGAUCCACGCAAGAAGUAUGAGCGUGGAACGAGAUAUUCGAUUCGACCUCAUUGCACGUCUAUGUCCGAACACGACUGGGGCUGAGUUGCGCUCUGUCGCCACAGAGGCUGGUAUGUUUGCUAUUCGUGCGAGGCGAAAAGUGGCCACCGAGCGAGAUUUCCUGGAUGCCGUGGAAAAGGUGGUUCGACAAGGCACGAAGUUCUCUAGCACACCACUAUAUCAAGUUUACAACUAGCUACUCUUCC